ACACAUAUCAAUUUGAAAAACAGAAAUUUAAAUAAACAGAAAUGUCAGUACAAUAAAAAUGAAGCUAAUAAAAUAAAAAUGCCAUGUUUCAAAAAUAUGAUAGAGAACGAAAUUCCAAAAUUAUAAUACGUACUAAAGAAAAAGUAGGCACCUUCCCGUUACAAUGAAAACUAAAAUACAUAAUAACAUAAUUUUACAUUGAAGACAAAUUUGAGAAAAAUUCUGCUGCAUUCGUUUCCUCCGACUUUUCUUCAAUGGGUGUUGCUGGGAACGUUCCGUUGGGAGAGGGGGUCCCACUUGAAGAUGCACUGUAAUUUAUUUGUGCUGAAGGCAUGUUGUAUGGUUCCAAAAACUGAAGAGGGAUGGAAACAGGUUGCACAAGAUUUUGAAGAAAAAUGGAACUUUCAUAACUGCGUAGGGAGUGUUGAUGGCAAACAUGUAGGGAUCCAACAACCUUCCAUUCUGGGUCUUAUUAUUACAACUACAAAGGGUUCUAUAGUAUUGUGCUUAAGGCUAUAGUUAAUGCAAAUUAUCAAUU